GGAAGAAUUAAUACGAGCAGUACUUAGUAAAGCAUUUGUAUUAAUUGAUAAUAAUACCCACAAUGACUUUCACAAAGGACAUGAAUUUAUGCAACAGACAAUCCUUGCUGAUAAUUCUCUUACAGAAGAAGAAAAAACUGAAGCAAUAAGAUUAAAUAAUAAAUCUUAUGACCGAGAUAAAAUUAUUUAUAAUGAUGGACCAAGAAGAAUUUGUGAAAAUUGUAACCAAAAAUGUUUAGCUACAUUAUAUUGUGAAUAUUGUGUUCGAAAUUAUUUAAAAUCUAAUUUUUUAAAUUGGACUUCUGGAAAUAAUGUUAUUGAUGAUUUAAUAAAAAAUUGUCAAAUGGAAACACUUAUAUCAGAUGUUAUUAUUGAAUGGAUCCCAUUUAAUAAUUUAAAAAAUAUUAAAUACCUGACAAAAGGUGGAUUCUCAGAGAUUUAUACAGCAGAUUGGAUUGAUGGAUACUAUGAAGAAUGGGAUUCUAAAGAGCAACAAUUAAUAAGAUUUGGAACUCUUGUUGUAAUACUUAAAGAAUUAAAAAAUGUUGAAAAUGCAAGUCAAGGUUGGUUUGAAGAGGCUAAAUCACAUUUAACUUUAGGCAACAAAUAUCCAUCUACCGUUCUAUGUCAUGGUUUAACACAAAAUCCAUCAAAUGGAAAUUAUUUACUUGUAAUGACAAAGUUUGAUAUGAAUUUAAGAGAAUAUUUACAACAAAAUCAUUAUCAACUUACAUGGAAAGAAAGAAUUAGAAUUACUUUCGAAAUAAUAUAUGCACUUGAUCGGAUUCAUGAAGAAAAUUCAAUUCAUAGAGAUUUGCAUUCUGGAAAUAUAUUAUAUUCACAGUUUAAUGAUCAAUGGAAAAUUAGUGAUCUUGGAUUUUGUGGCCCUGUAGACAAACCAUCAACAAGUAUAUAUGGAAAUCUUCCUUACAUAGCUCCUGAAGUUAUUAGUAGAAAAGAAUAUACUUUUAAAUCUGAUAUUUAUAGUGUUGCAAUGCUUAUGUGGGAAAUUUCAUUUGGACAACCACCAUUUAUGAAUUAUGAACAUGAUUGUAUUCUUGCAUUUAAUAUUAUUGAUGGUAUAAGACCAAAAAUUAUAUCAGAAAUUCCUUCCGAAUAUAAAAGUCUAAUGGAACAAUGUUGGGAUGCUAAUCCACUAAAAAGACCUGAUAGUAAUACACUCUUUGAUGAAAUAAACGAUAUUAAAUCAUAUUAUCAAAAUAAACCUGAUGAACUACCUCAACAAAUAAUACAAUUAGAUAAAAAAACAAGCAAUAUAAUGAGUAGUAAAAUAUUUACAAGUAAAAUUUAUAAUUUUAAAAAUCUACCUGAACCAAAAAAUGCAACAGAAGAACAAAAAGAUCAUAUGAUUUUAGUAUUUCUAGUAAUUCUGGUAAUCUUAGUAAAUCGAGUAAUCAAUAUAUACCAAUUAGUUCCAAUGAUAAUUAUAGUAAAGAAUCACCCAGAUUAUCCAAAAAAUUAAAAAUAGAGAACGGUAAAGCCUUAAAAUAUUUAUUUAUAUAUCGAUUCUAAUUUUCUUAUAAUAUUUUUGU